AUGAAAAUGACAACCCUCGGAUUCAUCGGCUGCGGAAACAUGGGCUCCGCAAUCCUAGACGGCCUGCUAGAGGCCACUCGCUUGGAGCCCCAAAACUCCAAAAUCACCAACUUCAUAGCGGGUACCAAGAGCGCGGCCUCAGCCAACAAGCUGAACGACAAAUAUCGCGCAGAUUCAGAACGGGUGGUAGUUUUGCGCGGGUCCAACGUCAAGGUUAUGGAACAAGCAGACAUCAUCCUACUAGCGUGCAAGCCGUUCCUUGCCCCAAGUAUUCUCUCGGAGCCGGGCGUAGCGGAAGCACUGGCCGGGAAAUUCGUGAUCAGCGUCAUGGCAGGCAAGACGCCAGCCGAGAUCAUGAAGUACAUAUAUGAGGGGGAUCACUCAACCCAGGCCGCAAACCGACCGGUGAUUGUAACGGCCAUGCCGAAUGUGGCGGCGCGAUUGCGGCAGUCCAUAACUAUUAUCGAAGAGAAUCCGGCGCUCUCGAAGGACCGGGCGGAGAUUCUGAAGUGGAUCUUUGAGCAGAUUGGCACGGUGAAGUUUGUGGCGCCGGAUUUGGUGGAUGUUGGGUCGAUGGUUUCUGGGGCGGCGAUGGCGCUGAUGACUCUUGCUGUUGAUGGGAUUAUGGAUGGGGCUGUUAUGGAGGGGUUUCGCCGGCCGGAUGCGAUGGAGGUGUCGGCGCAGGUGUUGGAGGGGUUGGCUGGCUUGUUGAGGGAGGGAGUCCAUCCGGCGGUUUUGAGGGAGAGUAUUUCUUCGCCUAGGGGGUGUACCAUUCAGGGUCUGUAUGCCCUCGAGAAGAAUGGGGUUCGGGGGGCGUAUGCUGAGGCGUUGGUUAGGGGGAUUAAACAUUUGAGGGGGGAGAACUAG